AUGCAGGCAGCCACCGCAGUCAGCACAGCCCCAGUGGCUGGCAGCCGCAACGGAGCAUUCCCUGCCCCGAGCAAGAGGCAUGCACCGCCACGCCGGCGCCUGGAAGCUCGGGCCGCCACCGAGGAAAAGGAGGAGUAUGACCUGAAUCAGAAGAUCGACACCGGCAAGCUGAUUGAUGCGGCAGGGGCGGGGCGCUCCAUGUUCAGCCCGGGCUGGCUCACGCAGCUCAACCAGCUGUGGGGCGGCAAGUCGAACGUGCCGGUGGCCAACGCCAAGCCCGAGGACAUCCAGGACCUGCUGGGAGGCGCUCUGUUCAAGGCGCUGUUCAAGUGGAUGGUGGAGUCGGGGCCCGUGUACCUGCUGCCCACGGGCCCCAUCUCUUCCUUCCUGGUCAUCUCAGACCCCGAGUGUGCCAAGCAUGUCCUUCGUGCAUCAGACAACCCUAGCCGGCCCAUCUACGAGAAGGGGCUGGUGGCGGAGGUGUCGCAGUUCCUGUUUGGGGAGGGCUUUGCCAUCACGGGCGGCGAGCAGUGGCGCGUGCGCCGCAAGGCCGUCGGGCCAGCGCUGCACAGGGGCUACCUGGAAGUGAUGCUGGACCGGGUGUUUGGGGAGUCGGCGCUGCACCUGAACAAAAAACUGGAGGUGGCGGCCGCCUCGGGCGAGCCCAUCGACAUGGAGGCCUGUUUCAGCCAGCUGACGCUGGACGUCAUCGGCAAGGCCGUGUUCAACUACGAUUUCGAUGCCCUCAACAACAACACGCCCGUCAUCCAGGCUGUGUACACGGCCCUCAAGGAGACCGAGACGCGCGCCACCGACCUGCUGCCGUACUGGAAGUACCCGCUGAUCAACCUGUUUGUGCCGCGCCAGCGCAAGGCGGCCGCCGCCGUGGAGCUGAUCCGGCAGACCACGGAGGAGCUGAUUGCCAAGUGCAAGGCGAUGGUGGAUGCGGAGGAGGCGGCCUCGUUUGAGGAGGGCUACAUCAACGAUGCAGACCCCUCGGUCCUGCGCUUCCUCAUCGCCUCCCGCGAGGAGGUGGGCUCCCAGCAGCUGCGGGACGACCUGCUGUCCAUGCUGGUGGCGGGGCACGAGACCACGGGGUCGGUGCUGACCUGGACGCUGGACCUGCUGGCCAGAAACCCAGAGCAGAUGAAGAAGGCGCAGGAGGAGGUGGACCGCGUGCUAGCGGGCAAGUCCAAGCCAAACAUGGAGGACUACAUGGCGCUCAAGUACUGCAUGCGGUGCGUCAACGAAAGCAUGCGGCUGUACCCGCACCCGCCCGUGCUGCUGCGCCGCGCCAUGGUGCCCGAUGAGCUGCCGGGCGGCCUCACGGUGCCGCAGGGCCAGGACGUGAUGAUAAGCGUGUACAACAUCCACCGCUCCCCCGCGGUGUGGGACCGCCCCGACGACUUCCUGCCCGAGCGCUUCCCGCUGGAUGGCCCCGUGCCCAACGAGCAGAACACAGACUACAAGUACAUCCCCUUCAGCGGCGGGCCGCGCAAGUGCGUGGGCGACCAGUUUGCGCUGAUGGAGGCGGUGGUGGCGCUGGCUGUCAUGAUCAGGGAGUUUGAUUUUGCGCCCCAGCCCGGCCACGACCCCGGCAUGACCACCGGGGCCACCAUCCACACAAAGAACGGGCUGUACAUGACAGUCGCCAAGCGGCGGCCGGGCGGCGGCAGCAGCUGCAGCGGGGGCGCGGGGGCGGCCGCGGCCGCGGCGGCGGUGGGCGCGGCGUGA